AAUCUUCAAUAUGGAUGAGUCAGGGAUUUCGGCUGUCAGCGAAUCUCUACCCAUCGUGGCCGAGAAAGAGCAAAAGAGAGUUGAUGCAGCAGCUAGUGGUGAGAGGGGUAAGAAUGUGACUGUUAUUUGUGCAGUAAAUGCAGCUGGCGAGUAUGUGGCACCAAUGUUCAUAUUUCCACGUGCGAGGAUUUGUGAUGCUUUAAAGAAUGAUGGCCCGGUUGGAGCGAUUUAAUAUGGUUCAUCGAAUGGUUACACCAACACCACCCUAUUUCUCGCGUGGUUUGAGCAUUUCAUAUCAUGGAGAAAGUGCUCUAAAGAAAAUCCAGGUGUGAUAAUUUUGGACAACCACGAGAGUCACAUCUCGAUCGCUUCGUAUGAUUUUUGUCUGAAUAAUGGUAUCGUGCUGCUAUCAUUGCCACCACACACAUUACACAGGAUGCAGCCUCUGGACGUGAGCGUCUUUGGUCCUCUCAAAACUGCAUUCAGAAGAGAAAGUGACACUUUAUUGGAAGAAAUGAAAGGAAAGAGGAUCACGUUCAAUGAGAUAGCUUUUGUCUUCAGGAAGGCUUAUGUAAGUGUAGCCACGAUGGAGAAUGGAAUAUCAGGAUUUAAAGCUUCAGGAAUAUUUCCCUUCAAUCGUCACACCUGCAAUGAGGAAGAUUUUAUGCCUGCUGAGAUGUUGAAUCGUCUUGAUAGACAGCAAAAUAUUAAUGGGGGUAAACCAUCAUUAGAAUCAGCAUCAAGUGUUAGCUCUCAGUUGGUCUCUGGAUUGUCAGAACUGCAAACAUUAUUGAAUCCCUCUGGAACACUUUUGAGUGCUUUAAACUGUACCGAAGAUGAGAUACUGAAUCUGGAUAUUCCUGUUUUGAAUCGGGAUGUGAGCGGAGUGAAUGUCAUACACACCCAACCUCCAACUGCUGGUCAGAAAGAUACUGAUGAUGUGCCAGUACAAGAUGAAUCCAGUCAGAUCUCAGGAUAUUCAAAGAAGUACAUUUCUCCUGAAGAUAGUCCAGAUUUGCGAGGAAAUUCCCUUCCCACUUCGGAGCCACCAAAAGAAUUCGAGGCUCAACAUGUCGACUUGCUUGGUACAAAUGUUCAGGAGUAUAAUAAUCCCUUGCUUACAGAAAUCACUUAUAACCAGUUGUUGGAAGGCUCAGAAGUAAACAAUAAUCUCGACAAGUCGAGACAUCCUGCGAAAAAUCGUGAACCUACACAUGGGGAAGGUUCACCGGACUUUGCAGAUUGUACAUCAUGUACAAAGGAGGCAAUAGGGCAACCUCAUGAAUCAUCUGAGUCUAAUCGAGGAAGUUCGAUUCUCCCAGAAAUAUCACGUAAUCGAAGACCUAUUCAACACUCUCGAUUGAGAUCUAAUUCAAGUCCACCAUCCUCCAGAAUAAAUACCCAAACCGACCAACAGAUACCAAUAAUAAAAAGGGUAACCCCAAGUUCCUCAUCAUCGUGCCUGGUGUCGUCUUUAUCUGAACUUUCAGAGCGUAUGCAAGCUUCAACUUUCACCACUCCUACAACAAUUCCUCCCUUGACCACUUUAUGUCCAAGAUCAUCACCGACUUCAGUGCCUAAUCAAUCAACCCCAUUUUCCCACUUAGUGGAAAAACUUUUCCCUCCUCAGGUUCCACCUCCUUCUGCUCUCUCCUCCUCGGGUCUUUCUUGGAAUUCAUCGACUCCCCAGAUUGUCAUCAUGAAUAUGUCAUCCAAGCCUUCAGAGACAGUCCCCCUGAUGGAGAAAGCACAUGUGGAUACUCCUCCAGUUAAGAAAGGUUCAAAGAAACAACACUCGACAAUAUUGACUGAUUCUUCAAUGAAAGAAAUUCUAGAAAUCAAACAUCAGAACCGAAUUGAGACAGAUCAAAAAUCUCGUCAAAGAGCAAAGAGAGCCCUAGUGAAGAAGGAAAAGAAAUGUUCUCCAAUUGAGAAAAAGAGGAGAGUUAAGAAAUUAUCACCACCGAAAAAACCAAAAGUCCCGAAGAAGACACUUGACAGAAAUAAAAAAGUAAGAAAGGUGAGACAAAAGACGUCAAUGAUCAAAGGGAUGCUGUUUGCCCUGUGUGUCAGGAAUUCGGAAAAGAAGAAGUGUGGCACAGGUACAGGAUGUGUGGAGAAUGGUACCAUGCUGCAUGUGUUUCAGCUAUAAGUGCUGAUGAUUUCGAAUGUGAUAAUUGCACGAAAAUGUAGAAUGAUUUGUGUUCUAAAUCCCUCCGAAACAGUUCAAACUUUAUUUGCCAUGUGAUACUAAAUAUAUCAUAACGAGGUGGUGCCAAAAAUUGUAGAG